UUAAAAGGACCCUGUCUUCUUAAAAGAAAAAAUCACAUACUUCUAAAAAUGUGAUUAAAAAUCCCCUUUAAUCUAAUGUCCCGCCUUCUUCCUUCGAGUGGUCUCUCAUGUCUUACAGGAAGCACCCCAAUGAACUGUGAAAUCGCGUGUAAUGGUCAAAUUCUGUACAAAGACAGGUCUCUUCAUUCUCCCGAAAACCUCCUAUCAUCAGCUGCAAACUCAAUCUUUCAUUCCGUUUUCUAUACGCCAAGAACAAAAGAUUUUAGAAUCGCGGCUUGUGUCAGUCCUUCAUGGCUGCACCCACAUCAACCAAGUCAAACAAGUGCACGCCCACAUCUUCCGGAAGGGUCUGGAACAGUGCUGCUUUGUUCUCGCCAAGCUCCUCCGUACGCUCACCAAGCUCGAUGUCCCAAUGGACCCCUAUCCGCGCCUUGUCUUCCAACAAGUUGAAUACCCCAACCCAUUUCUUUGGACCGCGCUUAUUCGCGGUUACGCUCUUCAAGGGCCCUUUAUGGAAUCGGUUCUUCUGUAUAAUAGUAUGAGAAGGCAAGGCAUUGGCCCUGUUUCCUUUACUUUUACAGCACUGCUCAAGGCUUGUAGCGCUGCUCUUGAUGUCAAUUUGGGGAGGCAGGUACAUACCCAGACGAUUUUGAUUGGCGGGUUUGGUUCUGAUUUAUAUGUUGGGAAUACUUUGAUUGAUAUGUAUGUGAAAUGCGGGUGUUUGGGUUGUGGACAUCGGGUAUUCGAUGAAAUGCUGGACAGAGAUGUGAUUUCUUGGACUUCUUUGAUUGUUGCAUAUGCGAAGGUUGGAAACAUGGAGGCUGCAAGUGAGUUGUUUGAUGGGUUACCCAUGAAGGAUAUGGUGGCAUGGACAGCAAUGGUCACAGGGUAUGCCCAAAAUGCUAGGCCAAGAGAGGCAUUGGAAGUUUUUGAAAGAAUGCAGGCUGCAGGCGUUAAAACGGAUGAGGUUACCUUGGUUGGUGUCAUUUCAGCAUGUGCUCAACUAGGUGCAGCUAAGUAUGCUAAUUGGGUCCGGGACGUUGCAGAGCAAUCUGGAUUCGGGCCUACCACUAAUGUUGUUGUGGGAUCUGCAUUAAUUGAUAUGUAUGCGAAGUGUGGGAGCGUAGAAGAUGCUUACAAGGUUUUUGAAAGAAUGGAGGAAAGGAAUGUGUAUUCUUAUAGUUCAAUGAUUGUGGGGUUUGCAAUGCAUGGUUUGGCUGGUGCUGCGAUGGAAUUAUUUGAUGAGAUGUUGAAGACAGAGACAAAACCAAACAGGGUCACGUUUAUAGGUGUUCUUACUGCUUGCAGCCAUGCAGGUAUGGUAGAACAAGGUCAGCAAUUAUUCACAAUGAUGGAAGAAUGUCAUGGUGUUGCACCAUCAGAGGAUCACUAUGCCUGCAUGGUGGAUCUUCUUGGUCGAGCUGGACGCUUGGAAGAAGCUCUCAACCUUGUAAAAAUGAUGCCCAUGAAUCCCCAUGGGGGUGUGUGGGGAGCACUGCUUGGGGCAUGUCGCAUCCACGGGAAUCCUGAUAUGGCCCAGAUUGCUGCAAGCCAUUUGUUUGAGCUUGAACCCAAUGGUAUUGGGAACUACAUCUUGCUUUCCAAUAUAUAUGCUUCAGCAGGCAGGUGGGAUGAUGUUUCGAAGGUAAGGAAGUUAAUGAGGGCGAAGGGUCUGAAAAAGAAUCCUGGAUGCAGCUGGGUUGAAGGAAAGAAAGGGAUAAUUCACGAGUUCUUUGCAGGUGAUAUGUCCCAUCCGAAGUCCAGGGAGAUUAAGCAGGCACUGGAGGAUCUUCUCGACAGAUUAAAGUAUCUUGGCUACCAGCCAAACCUGAGUUCUGUGGCCUAUGACAUUAUUGAUGAAGAGAAGAAGCGGUUGCUAAUGAGUCAUAGUGAGAAGCUUGCUCUGGCGUUUGGCCUGCUCACUACAAAUGCUGGGUGCACCAUUAGAAUUGUUAAGAACCUCAGGAUAUGCGAAGAUUGCCAUUCAGUAAUGUGUGGUGCUUCUCAGAUCACAGGGAGAGAAAUUGUUGUCAGGGAUAACAUGAGAUUCCACCAUUUUCGCGAUGGGGGAUGCUCCUGUGGUAACUUCUGGUGAUGGAAGCAUGGAUUGGAACUGCAACAUUGACCAAUUGGAUUUUUUCUUUUCUUUUCUCAUUUGAAGUUUGGUUAAUCUUACACCAGUACAGAGCCUAUUGAAUUUGAAUCCUAAUUAUCCACCCAAGUUGCCACCUUUGUACACUCUUCUGCACAAGUACUUGCUCCAAACUGGGCUUUGAAGGAAGAAGAGAAUAGAAUUGACAAGGAUGGAUUUAAUCCGGCGAGCUACAAUAUCAUUUACACAAUGAUGAACUCCAGAUGUCAUCUUUAAGCAAUCAUCAGGAAAUCAUACUGUAGCAGUCCCAGUUUUCUUUUCCACCCGUAUUGGAUUUAUUUGAAUCAAUCCCCAAUUUUAUAAACGCCUAAUAUAGCUAGCAUCUCCUCUGUAUUAUUACAAUCAGGAUUUUGUGAUAACUAUAAUUUUGAGAAUGAUUCAAUUGCAACUAGGAAAUUUAUUUAUUGGGUUUCA